AUGCACCUAGGCCAAAUCACUGCAACAGCAGCAGCGGCAGCCGUUGCUUCUCAUAGCGUUACGUACGAGACCAGGAAACCGGUUGCGACAGUGACACCGCUAUCGCUGCCGGCUUCUGUGCUCGUCCCAGCUACCGUAAAUCCGGCUUUUUUUGCCGCAACCGUACAGCAACAGCAGCAUGCACAGCUACAGGCAGUGGCAGCAGCGGCGGCCGCAUCGCGAUCCAGUACCAUCGCUGGAUAUCCCAUUUCGCAGCCGUCUUCGCUUCUGAUCGGUAUCGAUACGUUGGCCGGUGCUGAUAGGAAAGCUGCCAGCAGUGCAGCCGCAACCGCAGCAGCAACCGCUACUGGUCCCGUCGUACUAACAGCAGUGGGUAGCGCAUCGCGGAAGAAAGGCCCUCCAGAUAGCCGAUGGAGUGGUGCCGAUGACAAACAUCUGUUUUUGGCUGGACCACGACUGAAGCUGCUUCGUAGACGAGUAUGCCAAAAGAAGAUUACUCGUCGGAUUGCUUUGCAUCCGUGCCAGAGCUGUGACUUUGUUGUUAAGCAGUGGCCGAAUUUACAGGGAUUUUUCAUUUAA